UUCAAAAAAGACAGCUGGACCGAGAAGACAGUCGGAAGCCAUGAACAGGAUCUGGAGCUUAGUUGUGUGUUUGGAAGUCGUGUGUUUUGCAGCUUCUGGAUCGACUCAAAACUCAUCCGGCAUGACACUUUUUCUGGUUUCGGGUCCAGAGGUGGUGCGAGCCGGCACCCCCACUCCGCUGGCUGUCACUGUUUUUGCUGACUUCCCCAGCAGGGUGACAGCUGAGGUGACUCACGCCGACACCAAAGUCACCCUUACUGAGGAGCUCCAAGGAGGUUUGACCAGUGUCCUUACACUUCCACCCAUUCCUGACUCCAUAACCCACAAUUCCCUCUUAAACCUGACGGUGCGGGGCUACAAAGGAGAUGGCCUCAUUUUCACCAACACCACCACCCUCAGCUACAGCCUCAGGAAUGUCUCCUCCUUCAUCCAGACCAACAGAUCGCGAUACCGACCCGGCGACACCGUCAGAGUCAGGGUAGUCUCUGUUAAGAUGGAUAACCGGCCAUACAAAGGCAGAGUGGAUAUCGCUGUACUGGAUCCCAGUGGGAACGUGGCUGACAGGUGGGAGUCCACGGGGACUCUGGGGAUUGUGUUGCAGGAAUUCAGCUUGCCCCAGACAUCUCCUCUUGGAGAGUGGACGAUCACGAGCACAGUGAAUGGCAUGACUGAUGAGAAAACAUUCAUCGUGGAUGAUCACGAACGCUUUGAAGUGCUGGUCAAGACACCUUCACAGGUUCUUGUCGGAGACCACCUGUCAGGAUUAGUGAGAGCUGUUUACUCCAGCGGACAACCCGUACAUGGAACAUUAUCUGUUUCAGUCACUGUGGGUCAAACAGGCUACACACAAACUAAAGAGAUCUACGGCUCAGCGCAGUUCUUCUUCAGUGAAGAUCAGCUCCAGGCCCUACACUCUUCAUCAGGGACCAGCCACGUAAUCGUCCAUGUUUCUGCCAGGGUUAAUGACAGCUCCACAGGGUUUGAAGUGAACGGAACAACUGAAGUCCACCUCAUGCAGAACGCAUUCCAGCUUACGUUCCUGGAUUUUCCACAAACACUGAAGCCGUCUUUACACUUCUCUGCAACUCUUAGGAUCUCUACACCUGACAGAAAGCCCCUCAGCACUUCGGAUCUGAUGCACUCUGCUGUGGUCGAAGUCACUCAGACAUUCAGCAACCAAACAGCUGUGACCACAGAAGCUACAACUCUGACGCCUCCUGUCCCCGAGGACGGCAAUGUUCACAUUAAGUUUCAAUUACGGGAUCAUGUAGUGAUGCUUUUCAUUCGAGCCAGAUUCCAGUCCAGUGAGGAGACUCUGAAGGUCUACACCAACUACUCCUCAUCCACUGGCUCAUACAUCCAGAUCUCUCAUGUUGAGCCUUUACCUGCACAGAUCGGAUUGCCUCUUCAGUUAAAUGUGGAAAGCACCUUUCAACCAACAAACAUUCACUUUGUGGUGAGCUCUAAAGGUCAGGUGGUGGCUGCUGGCACAAAAAACUCUUCAUCUUUCUCUCUGACCCCGACUUCGUCCUGGUAUCCCGAGGCCUGCGUCACGGUCUACUGCCUCUUUUCUCAAGGAGAGGUUGACACUGACAUGGUGCACAUCCCCAUCAAUCAGCACAACAACGUACAGCUGAAGUGGAGCAGUGACAGGGCCCAGCCAGGGGCGCGGGUGUCGCUCACCGUGACUACCCUCGAAUCUAGGUCCCAGGUGGGAGUCGUGGUGAUGGGGAUGCACGGCGACGCUCCCCAGGCUGAUCUGGACCUUGAGGAGGAGCGGGAAUGUAAUCUUAUGAUGCUGACUAAUGCCAGAUUGUCUAACAAAAUGCAGCCUCAGAAACCUAAAAAAGGAGGGUUUUCAGGAGGUGAUGUGCUAAUGGUGCAGAAGUACUGGAAUCACUGGAUGGAUGCCACUGAAUCUCUACAGUGGUUCGAUGCUAGUGUUCGGGAUUUGGCGUGGACGAGUGGGAAAAUAACUGUUCCCGACGGAGUCACUUCUUUGAGCGCUUUGGCACUCGUCAUGUCAGAGAACCUAGGGUUGGGCUUCACCGAAGUUCCACAAAAGCUGAUCGUUACCAAAGAUUUCUCCUUGUCUCUGGCUGUCCCGUCGCACCUCAUCAGAGGAGAGGAGAUCGUGCUGGAAGUGAACACCACCAACCAUUUAGAGCAGGACAUAGACGUCAUCGUGCUGCUAGCACAGAGUGAGGCCUUCGAGUUUGUUUUGACACACCGGAGCGAUGUGUCCGUCAUAAAUGCCCAAAAGAUCAUCUUAGGGAGUCAUGCGUCUGCUUUAGCUCUAUUCCCUAUAAGGCCUCUAGCUCUGGGCGAAAUGGAAAUUUCUGUGGACGCCGUGUCUGCAGAGGCUUCGGAUGGCCUUGUUCAAAGAGUGAUGGUGAAGCCUGAAGGAGUUGAACAUUCCUCCUCAAAGACUGUGUUCCUGGAGCUGGAACCAGGGAAGCACAACAAUUCCGUAUCCGUCUCCUUUUCCUUCCCAGCAGAUGUGGUGCCAGGCAGCCAGAGGGCCCAUAUGGCUUUGGUUGGGGAUAUACUGGCUUUGUCCAUCAACACCUUGGAUUCACUGGUUCAGAUUCCCGUUGGAUGUGGGGAGCAGAACAUGAUUCACUUUGCACCAAGUGUUUAUGUUCUCCAGUAUCUUGAUGCUUUAAACCAGAAAGACGAAGAGCUCAGGACCAGAGCUAAGGCCUACAUGAUGGAAGGGUAUAAGAGACAACUGUCCUAUCAACGAGCUGAUGGUUCCUUCAGUGCUUUCGGAGCCAGCGACACCUCUGGUAGCACAUGGCUGACUGCCUUUGUCCUGCGGUGCUUCAUCCAGGCUCAGCGAUACAUGCACGUAGACCAGAGCGUCCUGACCAGGGCCAUGGAUUGGCUCUUGAGACACCAGGGGCCCCAGGGGGAGUUCAGUGAGGUGGGCAGGUUGAUCCACACAGAAAUGCAGGGAGGGCUGGAUAAUGGCCCAGUGGCACUCACUGCAUAUGUCUUGGUGGCUCUUUUGGAGGACGACACCUACAAAGAUAUGUACACAGGCAACGUGUCUUUGGCCCAGACGUACCUAGAGGACAAAGUGUCCAGUGGAGUUGUCAGUAACUACAGCCUAUGUUUGGUGGCUUAUGCUUUAUCUCUGGCCAACAGUCGUUUAGCCGACAGCGUCCUCACUGAUCUCACCAGGAGAGCUGACUACAGAGAUGGAGUCAUGAUGUGGACGUCCUCUGCUGGACCGCCACAGGACAAUGGGGUUCGCUCAGCGCAGAUUGAGAUGGCCUCUUAUGUGCUGCUGACUCUACUCAGGCGUGGCAGGUUUCUUGAGGGCUUUCCACUCUUGAAGUGGCUAGGCGUACAGAGAAACCAUCUCGGGGGCUACGGGACGACACAGGACACGGUAGUUGGCAUCGAGGCUCUCUCUUACUAUGCUGUGUUCAGUGGUGCCAGCGCCAUUGAGCUCAGGCUUAAUGUAUCAGCCCCAGCGUCUUUAUUUGUGUCGACGUUUCAGAUCAACUCUACCAACUAUAAAAACUAUCAAACUGCAGAGAUCACUGCUGAUAAGGAUUUACAUCUAAACAUUGACAUGGAAGGACGAGGAUUUGCCACAUUUCAGUUGAAUGUCUUUUACAACCUGCCGGGCCAAGGGUCUACUCAGAACCACCAGCACGCCACAGACAGUGAAGCGUUUUUAUUAAACGUCAGGGUUGCUGAAGACAGGGACCACAAUCACAUGACACUGUCACUGUGCACAAGAUUAAAGGACAGUCAGGUGAUACCUCAUACAGGUAUGGUCAUAUUAGAUGUGGGAAUGCUCAGUGGUUUCAUUCUCGCCCCUGGAGCUGCUGCUGCCCCGACAGAUCUGAUCAGGAAGGUGGAGAUAGUGCCUGAGAAAGUCAGCCUGUACCUGGAUUCAGUCAACAAGUCAGAGGUCUGCAUCCAGCUGCCCAUUGUCAGAAAUUUCAAAGUGGCCCAUGUGCAAGACGCUGUGGUGCAGGUUUACGACUACUACGAACCCACGAGGAAAGCAACGGCGACAUACAACUCAGACUUUCUUCACAGCAUGGACUCCUGCUUCUUCUGCGGCGUAAACUGCGAUCACUGCAGGCCAGGAAUCACCAUUACAGUGUCCUCACCGCUCUUGUCUCGCUCGAUCGCUAGCGCCGCCUACAGCUUGAGUUGCGUGCUUCUUGGAGUCAGUGCUUUUCUUGUACUAAUCUGAUUAGAUAGAGUUUAAAGGAGUGCACAUCGUGUACUGAGAGACAUAGUUUUAGAAAGUGCACGCUCUGAUAUGCACUGGAUGCAAGUUCUCCCUUCUUCUUGAUGAAUGAUUGUAAUAUUUAGAGGAGUAUUUGCAUGCUGUUCUCUUGCUUUGUGCAGGUGUGCCCUCUACUGUUUACAACAUGUUUUGUAUUGUUUUGUUUUUUUAAACUUGAAUUUUAUUCAAUAGUAGAUUUUUUUUUUCAUUAUGAUUAUGAUGAUGAACAAAUAAAUAUGUUUCCACUUACUUUUUUAGGGCUACUAUUCUCACCAUGAAUCAAUGUAUUGACAGCAGUAAAACAUUAAAUAAAGAACUCAUGUAGCGUUGGCAGCAGCA